GCCACAGCCAGGCAUUUUUGAGCACAGGCCGUACAGGCUCGCAGGCGAACGAUACAUCAGGAAUCGUUUUAAGACCACGUUCAGUACCGUGAGUGUCGAAGUGCGACGGCCCGCAGAAGCUUCAAGCAACUGUAAUUGCCAAGCAGAGCAUAUACAUCCCUGUGCCUCUCUGGCGUUACGCUCUCUUCUUUUCGCGCCCUCAGAAUCCCCGUAUCACGUUCCUUCCCUACCACACGAUCGUUCCCGAACCCCUCCUCGACGCCCUCCGACCGCUUUUGAGCAUGCCCGCGAGCACUCAAUAUGAAGUCCUCCUCGACUUUACAAACGAUACACAUGAUUGCGCAACCGUGCAGCUGCUGCGGACCUAUGGUCGGAACACGGGCGCGAUCGUUCUAUUACAUCCGGGCGAAAGCGUCACACUUGUGUUGGAUGCAGGCUCAGUCUACCAGUAUGCCUUGAAAACGCGUUCAAAAGUCGCGAAUGUGACCGCGCGGACGUGGAGGGACGUCAAUUGCACUGUGUCUCAAUUGUUUCCAGGCGGCUCGCAUAGCAUGUCGCAAGCGUCUUCAGAGCCCUGGCGGCCAGUACAUGGCAUAACGGUCGACCGCCUAUGGCGGGAUAUGCGUUUCUGCAUGUGGAACGACUCAUAGCAUUGGUUACCGAAGUAGCACUAUUACGAGAUACCUAUUCGCUCUUCGUCAUUCACCAGGUUGCCACUGAUUACCCGAGUCGUCAGGACGCCUCAAACUCGUGGCUCAGCAUCGCGAACUUACGAGGACGGACUUUAGUGUUCCAGAUCUAGUCUAUACCCACGUAUUAUGAUAUCCUCACCGCUGUUCCUAGCAAUAUUAUAUUAUCUGCAGUAACAAAGUUUGCUUUGCUCGGCU